UGCCACAAAUGUAUUGAUUUGUACAAAGGCUCUGGUGUUCCUGAAUCUCUUCACUUAGUCUUGAAUGUCUUGAAUAUUGACUUUGAAUAUGUACUGACGGUUCCUUUACUUUUCUGUCCAGAUUUUUCUACCUCUACUGCUGAGACCAACUUGAUGAAGUUGGAUGUUAAUAAGGAAAACAAAUAUCCAGGUUCUCCUGCUAACCAAGGAACACAGGAUGUGGUGAACAUGGAGUCUGAGCAGAUUUCAAGCCCUUUUGACACUGAACUGGAAGAAGGGGAAAUUUUAAGCGAGAGUGAUGAGGCUACUUCUAGUUCUCCUGUUCCUGCCACCAAGAGGGCAAAGUUAACGGAACCAGUCAGGAAUAAACCCAGCCUCCAGUCUUCUUCAAGAAGAAAACCUGAAGAACGGUGGGUUGCUUCUAAAGAAUCUCUUGAUUCAGCUGCUGUCUCAACGCAAAGUCCCAGGAGUCGUUUUAAAACUGUCUGCCCAUCAGCAAGCAAAGCAUCUUUUUUGACUGUAGAGGAAAUAAUGGAGACAUUCAAGAUGGUUCGCAUAGAGAUGCGUAAAAAAUACAUGAAGCUUCAUAAAACCUUUCCUAAAAAAAGCUUUUGUGGUGUGAUGGACAAUUUCCAGAAGUCUUUUUUAGAGUUUGUGGACGGUGCUCACUUUGGCCAGAUAUGCAGCGAUGCCGAGGAGCUGAAGUCCAAGCUGAGGAAAGUAAUUGCAUCUGUGUUUAGCAAAGUGCUUAAUAAUGGCAUAGUGAAACGCAUUUUUGAACAGCAAGCAGUCAAUCUAAAGCAAAAGCUGUGGGACUUUGUAGAUGUCCAAGUGGACUACUUGUUCAUGGACAUCCAGACAACACUGAAGAGCCUCUGCCAAGCCGUCCAGACUCCCACUGAAGACAAGAGGCCCGGUGGACAGGUGAUUGGGCCUCAGCAGGCUCCAGUGAAGAUGCCGCUGUGUAAACAGAACAAGGCCCACCCCACUAACUCCAGCCUGAGCCGGACCAAGUCAUGUGCAGUGGUCCCUUACAGAACCGGACUAGGCAGCAAAGGUAAAGACAUCCGUAUGUCAUACACAGAAAAAGAUGGCGCCUCUCAUGUACAUCCUCCAGAUCGUGUAAACACACAAACUAUGAUCAACUUCCUGUCCGACAGCAACGCUGCCUCGUCUCCAGACAAAACUAAGAUGGUGAUCCCUCAGAACGGCUCCUUGAUUGAUAGAACAGACUUUGAGCUGCUUACCGAGCAACAAGCGUCCAGCUUGACAUUCAAUUUGGUCAGAGACUCUCAGAUGGGAGAAAUAUUCAAGUGUCUUCUCCAAGGAUCAGACUUGUUAGAAAGCACAGGGAUGUGUGGAGACAACACUGCCUGGGCUGUUGGGACCCCAAGGAAGGAUGGAGAGAAAUUUCUCAAUUUUGCCACACCAUCAAAGUUCCUCUCACCAUCCAAGUCCGAUACUUCAGCCAGACUCAUUGCUACCUGGUCCAGCAUUUCACCCAGACGGAGGUCAUCCCCACGCACCAAAACCCCUAUCCCCCUCCACCCAGCCUUAUUCGAUGAAAGUUGCCUCCUGGAGGUUCCGUCUGGAAACAGAGCGCUGCUGCAGGGCAACUUGACAGCAGAGAAAUAUUCCAUUCUAGCUGAAGAUCUGGCUGUUUCCCUGACGAUUCCAUCUCCUCUUAAAUCUGACAGCCACCUCAGCUUCCUCCAGCCAGCAGGCGUUGGGAUCCAUGUGGUGUCCACCCCAGACAGCGUUAUCAGCGCACACAUAAGUGAGGAUGCUCUGCUGGAUGGGGAAGAUGCUACAGAGCAGGACAUCCACCUGGCCCUGGACAACUCCAGCUGCAGCUCCAGAGACAGCACAGCCUCCCAAACGCCUGGCAGCACUCUGUUCUUCAAGCCUGACGUUCCUAUGCAGGCGCUGGUGAUGGAGAAGUCCAAUGAUCACUUCAUCGUAAAGAUUCGACAGAUGAAUGUGGCUGCAGAAGGCACACCAAUUGCUGGAGAGCCGUUGAGCCAGACACUGAUAGAAAAAAAUCAGCAACAUGAAGAAUAUGAUGCACAGGAAUGUCUGAAGGUCACUGGUCAGACAGAGAACAAGUUCUCCGUCACUGGAAACCCAAACUCUGGAUCACACACCCAUGAACAGAGACAGACUGCAGGAACCAAUCCAUCCAACCCAAGACAAGACACUUUUACCCAGUCUAGGAAAACCACUCCUGAAACGGAUCCAUCAGAUCCCAGUUCAAACACCAGCUCACCUACUUCCCACAGUUCAUCAGUCUCAGAUCCCAGUAGAACACAGCUCCAAAUAGAGGCAACUCCACCCAAAUCAUUCCCAUUCCAGCCCCAGAAGCAAACCAGUCCCCCCAGAGCCACUUUAAGCCCAAGCACUACAGCAUCAAAGACACUGUUCUAUGACUUGGGCAGAGAGGAGACCACUGUGUCCGAGUCAGAAAAGAGUCUCACCAUUGACACGAGCAGCUCAUCAGAGAAAACCUCUAGGAACUGUGAACAGCUCCGGAAACGGAAAAGACGGCAGGAAAAGCUGAAAGCCAAAAGAUGUAAAAAGGAGGACAAGAGUCUGCAGGUUUCUCCAUCCAGGAAGAGUGACGAGGAGUUGAAACUUUCCCAAGCAGCUCUGUCCCCAAGCAGCCUGUCUGCCAAGAACAUCAUCAGGAAGAAGGGCGAGGUGGUGAUGGCAUGGACCAGAGAUGAAGAUCGAGCCAUUCUGAUGUUCCUGAAGACCAAAGGAGCUUCACGGGAAACGUUCUCCACACUGUCUGAGAAACUAAACAAGCCGUCAGGCCAGAUUGCUCACAGGUUUUACCAGCUCAUGAAGCUUUUUAAGAAGCAGGGGAAGAUGGACAUGUGAUUGUCCCAGUCAGACAUGGAGGGAGCUCUCACCCACCUCAAUACAAUUGAACUCUAAAUGCCUGUUAAAUGGAAAGUUCUGGAGAGUCCUGAAGAGUUGGUUCAACACCAACGCUACGGUCCGUGGACUUCAUUUUCAAAUGACUGGAAGCAUAAUUGCUUCUUGUUGAGGGAUUUUUCUGUGUUGAACUGAUUCAUGGCUAAUUAAAACAGAAAGCUAAAGGAUAAUAUCUGUGUUUUUGAUUCACUGUCUGGAAAUGUUUUUACUUUUGUGUUCAUUUUGAACCAACUGAGACAGUUUUUUGUUUUAAUCACCUCUUACUGAAAAUCCAUGACAGUAUCUGCAUAUUCCUUUUUCAAUAGUAUCAAUUUGUACCAUAAUCAAAAACAUCUCAGCAGUAUGUCUUCCAACGGACAGCUGGAAAGUGUCCGUCUUCAGACUUGAAGUUAGUUUCCAGCUCAGGAAAAUUCCAUGUUUUCCUGUGGGUGGAUCCCCUCUGGAAACUUGAAGGAUCACUCAGCAAUAACUCAUCUGCUGUCAAACAGAUGGAUUUGGUCAUUAUUGCAAACAAUCCUUGUGUGAUGCUGGUCAACUAGCAUUGGUGUUUCUAAUGAAAAAGUUUACAUGUCCAGUCAAGGCAGCAGAGAAGUAUUAAAUGACUCGUAUCAGCAGACUGUUCGCACAAACUGUCUCUGUGCCUUGAUGGCAUUUAGUUGAAAUCAUCUGAUUAUAUAAAUCAAAACAGAAUGCAUUAUUAUUCUUCAUGUUGUACAUAUCCUUUUCCAAAAAUAAAGUUUUAUUUAUUUA